AUGGAGCAUGUCGUCCUUCUCCUCCUCGUCUCCCUCUCCUUCCUCUGCCGAGCCCAAGGACCCCCGGUGUGCCGGGAACAAGCCGUGUCUGCCGACGGAACGCUGCGGCUGCAGCCAGAGAAACCCCCGCAGUGGUGGGCAAGGGUCGAAUGGAGAGUGAGCCUGGAUGCAGGAUCCCGGCACCGGAUCCUGACGGCUGAGAAGAAUAACACUGAUGUCACAUUGUCCGGGAGUCCUUUUCAUGGGAGAGUGGAUUUCCAGCAGGACACCCUGUCCCUGCGGAUCAGCCCUGUUAGCACGGCAGACAGCGGGGUCUAUCGGGCAGAUUUUGAGGACACAUCAGGCCAUGUUACCAACCUGUGCUUCCGUGUGUCGGUGUGGGAGCCUGUCCGCCAGCCGCGCCUGGAGGCACGCGUCCUGCACUGGGAGCAGAGCUGGUGCAACCUCUCGCUGGACUGCACCAUGCCCAGUGCCAGCAGCAUCUCCUACACCUGGUCCUGCCCUGGGCAUCCCCUGGGAGCCCUGGAGCACCAGCCCUGGCUGCACCUGCGGGUCCGUGGGGACGCCGACCCCACCGUCUGCCAGUGCAACGUGAGCAACCCGGUGAGCUGGAGCACGGCCAGUACCAACGUUUCGGCAGCCUGCGGCCCUGUGCCCCAAGACAUUUCGUGGCCCUACUGCAGAGUGAAGGGGCUGCUCUGCCUGCUGGUGCUGGGCAGCCUGGUCGCAGCCAUGGUCCUCAUGCACGUCCUCGUCCGGCGGCGGCGAUCCCCUUCCCGCAGCACUCCCGGCUCUUCGGGCGCUGGGUAG